AUGACCCACAGCCCCGCCUCAAGCGAGGACGAGGAGCGCCACAGUGCCAGCGAGUGUCCCGAGGGGGGCUCAGAGUCCGACAGCUCCCCAGACGGGCCCGGGAGAGGCCUCCGGGGGACCCGGGGCCGGGGCAGCGGGGCACCUGGUAACCUGGCCUCGGCAGGAGGCCUCCAGGGCCGCUCCAUGUCUGUCCCGGACGACGCCCACUUCAGCAUGAUGGUCUUCAGGAUUGGCAUCCCCGACCUGCACCAGACAAAAUGCCUGCGCUUCAACCCUGAUGCCACCAUCUGGACAGCCAAGCAGCAGGUGCUCUGCGCCCUGAGCGAGAGCCUGCAGGACGUGCUCAACUACGGCCUGUUCCAGCCCGCCACCUCGGGCCGUGACGCCAACUUCCUGGAGGAGGAGCGGCUGCUGAGGGAGUACCCCCAGUCCUUUGAGAAGGGGGUGCCCUACCUGGAGUUCCGGUACAAGACUCGAGUUUACAAACAGACCAACCUGGAUGAGAAGCAGCUGGCCAAGCUGCACACGAAGACCGGACUGAAGAAAUUCCUGGAGUACGUGCAGCUCGGGACGUCUGACAAGGUGGCUCGGCUGCUGGACAAGGGGCUGGACCCCAAUUAUCAUGACUCAGAUUCAGGAGAGACCCCCCUGACGCUGGCUGCCCAGACGGAAGGCUCUGUAGACGUGAUUCGAACCCUGUGCCUGGGUGGAGCCCACAUCGACUUCCGAGCCCGGGAUGGCAUGACAGCCCUGCACAAGGCCGCGUGUGCCCGGCACUGCCUCGCUCUCACGGCACUCCUGGACCUUGGGGGCUCCCCCAACUACAAGGACCGCCGGGGGCUGACCCCUCUGUUCCACACGGCUAUGGUGGGCGGUGACCCGCGCUGCUGCGAGCUGCUCCUGUACAACAGGGCCCAGCUGGGUGUAGCCGAUGAGAACGGCUGGCAGGAGAUCCACCAGGCCUGCCAGCGGGGUCACUCUCAGCACCUGGAGCACCUGCUCUUCUACGGGGCUGAGCCUGGAGCCCAGAACGCCUCGGGGAACACGGCCCUGCACAUCUGCGCCCUUUACAACAAGGAGACUUGUGCCAGGAUCCUCCUGUAUCGCGGGGCCAGCAAGGACGUGAAGAAUAACAGUGGACAGACCGCCUUCCAGGUGGCAGUGAUCGCUGGGAAUUUUGAACUGGGGGAGCUGAUUCGAAACCACCGAGAGCAGGACGUGGUGCCCUUCCAGGAGUCUCCCAAGUACGCGGCCCGGCGGCGGGGACCCCCGAGCGCCGGGCUGACGGUGCCCCCAGCUCUGCUGCGGGCCAACAGCGACACCAGCAUGGCCCUGCCCGACUGGAUGGUGUUCGCCGCCCCAGGAGCCUCGUCCGCUGGGGCCCCUGGCCAGAACUCGGGGCCCCAGGGCCAGUCGCAGCCCACGGCCCCCAGCGCCAAGCUCAGCACUGGGACCCUCCGAAGUGCCAGCAGCCCCCGGGGCGCCCGGGCUCGCUCCCCAUCCCGAGGGAGGCACCCCGAGGAGGCCAAGAGGCAGCCCCGUGGACGGCCCAGCUCCAGCGGGACACCCCGGGAAGGGCCAACCGGGGGCACCGGGGGCUCAGGGGGGCCCGGGGGCUCCCUGGGCAGCCGUGGGAGGCGCAGGAAGCUCUACUCGGCGGUGCCUGGACGCUCCUUCAUGGCCGUGAAGUCCUACCAAGCUCAAGCCGAGGGGGAGAUCUCCUUGAGCAAGGGCGAGAAGAUCAAAGUGCUUAGCAUCGGGGAAGGAGGCUUCUGGGAAGGCCAGGUCAAAGGUCGAGUUGGCUGGUUCCCCUCAGACUGCCUGGAAGAGGUGGCAAACCGCUCCCAGGAGGGAAAGCAAGAAAGCCGCAGUGACAAGGCAAAGAGACUCUUCCGGCAUUAUACCGUGGGCUCCUACGACAGCUUUGAUGCCCCAAGUGAUUACAUCAUUAAGGAGAAGACGGUUCUGCUGCAGAAGAAGGACAGUGAGGGGUUCGGGUUCGUGCUCCGGGGGGCCAAGGCGCAGACCCCCAUCGAGGAGUUCACCCCCACCCCGGCCUUCCCGGCCCUGCAGUAUCUGGAGUCCGUGGACGAGGGCGGCGUGGCAUGGCGCGCUGGACUGCGCAUGGGAGAUUUCCUCAUCGAGGUGAACGGGCAGAAUGUGGUGAAGGUCGGCCACCGACAGGUGGUGAACAUGAUCCGCCAAGGGGGCAACACGCUGAUGGUCAAGGUGGUGAUGGUCACCAGGCACCCGGACAUGGAAGAGGCUGUCCACAAGAAAGCACCCCAGCAGGCUAAGCGGCUCCCGCCCCCAGCCAUCUCCCUGCGUUCCAAGUCCAUGACCUCAGAGCUGGAGGAGAUGGCUCUCAAGUCUAAGCCCCCACUUCCCACGGUGUCUGUCGGGGUCGCUGCCCUCACUCCUUCGCAUCGCCCGCCCCGCCUGCUGCCUGGAGAUCCUGUCUCCAUCGGGGCCGCCUGCCCACCGGGUCUUCAUUUCGAGGUGUCCCCACCCCUCUUCUGCCUCCCCCUAGACAAACUGGAUGAAAUUCUGGCGGCGGCGCAGCAGACCAUCAGCGCCAGCGAGAGCCCUGGGCCUGGUGGCCUGGCGUCCCUGGGCAAACACCGGCCCAAAGGCUUCUUUGCCACUGAGUCGAGCUUCGACCCCCACCAUCGCUCGCAGCCAAGUUACGAACGGCCUUCUUACCUGCCUCCAGGACCCGGGCUCAUGCUCCGGCAAAAAUCUAUCGGGGCUGCAGAAGAUGACAGACCUUACUUGGCCCCCCCAACCAUGAAGUUCAGCCGCAGCCUGUCUGUGCCUGGUUCCGAGGACAUUCCCCCGCCUCCCACCACGUCCCCACCCGAGCCCCCUUACAUGCUGGACACCUAUGUGGCCUAUCUGGACGGCCAGGCCUUCGGAGGGAGCGGCACCCCCGGCCCACCGUACCCUCCGCAGCUCAUGACUCCUUCGAAGCUCCGGGGCCGGGCGCUGGGGGCCAGCGGCGGCCUGCGGCCCGGCCCGGGUGGGGGCCUCCGGGACCCUGUCACUCCUACGAGCCCUACCGUCUCGGUGACAGGGGCUGGGACCGAUGGGCUGUUGGCCCUGAGUGGUUGUUCAGGACCUUCGGCGGCAGGUGUGACUGGGGGUCCCGUAGCCGUAGAGCCAGAAGGCCCACCAGUGCCCUUGUCCUCUGCUUCCUCCCUGCCGCGAAAGCUGCUGCCCUGGGAGGAGGGCCCGGGCCCGCCCCCACCGCCCCUGCCCGGGCCCCUGGCCCAGCCUCAGGCCUCAGCCUUGGCCACAGUAAAAGCCAGCAUCAUCAGCGAACUCAGCUCCAAGCUCCAGCAGUUUGGGGGCUCCUCGGCAGCUGGUGGCGCUCUGCCCUGGGCCCGGGGAGGCAGCGGGGGAAGUGGGGACAGCCACCACGGGGGAGCCAGCUACAUCCCCGAGAGGACCUCCUCCCUGCAGCGUCAGAGACUCUCGGAAGACUCCCAGUCCUCGCUCCUCUCCAAACCCGUCAGCAGCCUGUUUCAGAAUUGGCCCAAACCACCUCUGCCGCCACUCCCCACAGGAACCGGGGUCCCCCAUUCAGCUGCUGCGGCCCCAGGGGCCACCUCACCCUCAGCCUCCUCCACGUCCACUCGCCACCUCCAGGGUGUGGAAUUCGAGAUGCGGCCGCCUCUGCUCCGCCGGGCCCCCAGCCCCUCGCUGCUGCCCACUUCGGAGCACAAGGUCAGCCCUGCGCCCCGGCCCUCGUCCCUGCCCAUCCUGCCUUCUGGACCCCUCUAUCCGGGCCUCUUUGACAUCCGCAGCUCUCCCACUGGAGGGGCAGGAGGCUCGGCUGACCCCUUCGCCCCUGUCUUUGUGCCACCGCACCCGGGGAUGUCCGGGGGGCUUGGUGGAGCCUUGUCGGGGGCCUCCCGCUCCCUCUCACCAACCCGCCUGCUUUCGCUGCCCCCGGACAAGCCGUUCGGCGCGAAACCUCUGGGGUUCUGGACCAAGUUUGACGUGGCUGAUUGGCUCGAGUGGCUGGGCUUGUCGGAGCACCGAGCCCGCUUCCUGGACCACGAGAUCGAUGGCUCCCACCUUCCCGCCUUGACCAAGGAGGACUACGUGGAUCUGGGUGUGACCAGGGUGGGCCACCGCAUGAACAUCGACCGGGCUCUCAAGUUUUUCCUGGAGAGGUGAUGGCUGGCUUGGACGGACCAGCCCGUCCACAGAGCCCUUCAGCCUGCUGGCCUCUGGACCUCUGACCCCCAACCGUUAUUCUCGCCCUGGGCCAGGGACUCUGCUACAACCGUGCCCUGCCCUCAUCUCCCAAGGCUGGAGGUCACCAGGUGGCCAGAUCCGGCCGGACAUUUGCACCUCAUAGGAGGGGGCAGCUAAUACGAGACUGUGAAGCGGGAGCAGAGGGGGUGGGAAUAGAAGAAAUCACAGAGCGGGAUGGGGGAGGGAAGGGUCGAUUCUGGGGGGGGGACAGACAGAGCCAUAGAGGGCCAGCCCUGAGCCUGACUGGGUGGGGGUCAUCCCCCAGGCCGCAGGGGAAGGGGGUGCCCUCAGAUUCCACCACCUGCCACCCCCUAACAACCCUUCCCCCAUCUCCAGGCCCCUCUGUUCUCCCGCCGUCCCCUGUCCCCAGCACACACAGCGGCCCCCAGCCUCUUGCACGCUCCUUUGCACGCCUGCUUGCCUCUCUCCCCUCCCUGGGCUACAAUUUUGCACAAGUUUGCCCUCUCGCUGUCUUGCACACUUGGCCUUGGCUUCCGUCCCGCGAGGCCCGCAGCUCUGUUUCCCUCGCACACACUGCUUUUCCUGCCACGCUCCAUGGCCCUGUGCGCUCCACUCUCGCUAGCUCUUCCCUUGCCCCCCCCCCCAACAUCUCUCUUCUGAAAACCUCUGGGCCCUUGCUGCAGACACACUUGGGACACCCUUCCCUCACCCGCUCGCGGGCUCCGUGCGCACAUUUAUUCCUGGAAUACUCUCCUCCUUGUUCAGCCCUCGCACACCUGCUGUCCCGUGACCUCUCCUGACACCCCCGCCCCCGUUUUCUUUAUGCACUUUCCCCUUGUUCCG